AAUUAGGGCAAAUUAACUCAAAAUAGAAACCAAACUGUUCAUUCCAAAAUGGAAGCAGAAGAUAUGGAAAAUUCAAUUGCUCCGCCGUGGGUGGAAUUGCCGCCGGAUAUUACAUCGUCGAUCCUUCAAAAGGUUGGGCCAAUUGAGAUGUUGAAGAGCGCCGACAAAGUGUGUUCAACUUGGCGUCGGUUGUGCCAUGAACCAGCUAUGUGGCGAGUUGUGAAAAUGCAGAAUGCCGGCGCCGAUUUCUGGGACAGGGAGGAUGAUUUGGAGAAGAUUUGCGGUCGAGCUGUGGAAUGUAGCAACGGGGAAUUAGUUGAUCUCAGCCUUGAGUAUUUUGGCAGCGACAAGUUGCUCAGCUAUAUCGCUGAAAGGUUCUAUUUUCAACCCUAGUUUCCUGCUUUUCUG